AGUUAAAAAAGAAAUUUUGACGUGAAAAACUGGAGAAAUCCUCUUGUAUCCAAUUUUAGUUUCCCCAAUCAAUUUAUUUCCUUUUCUCAAUAUUCGCGUUAAAUUAAAUGGAAACUUUGGAGCGUUCUGAAGAAACUGUGAUCUUGAUAGAUGGAUUGGCAAUUCCAAAAGUGAAGCCAUAUGUGCCGAUGUUGAAAGAUCGAAACGGUUCUGAGUAUUUGUCAAAUGAUCAAAUGUUUCGCGGAAAGUUUAUGGUGAAGGGGCUUAUCGGACGUGGAGGUUUCGGCCAAAUCUACUACGGCUCAGACGCUACAUUCCCGGAAGAUGUUGUCAUCAAAAUUGAGCCAGUGGUCCUGAAAGGAAGGCCAAGACGACGAAUGAUCUUGGAGCAAAAAGUUCUCUACCGUCUGCAGGGAAGACCUCAUGUUCCCAUUAUGUGCGCUUCGGGACACACGGAGCAAUUGAAUUUUAUUGUAAUGCAACUUCUUGGUCCAAACAUUGGUGAUCUGAAGAAAAGAAGCCCAGUAAAACGUCUGAGCCAAACCACAGUCGCACGAAUCAUGAUCCAAGGAAUCGCUGCACUUCGGGAUGUCCAUUCUCUUGGUUACAUUCACCGAGACGUGAAACCUGCAAAUAUGUGCUUUGGAGUUACUCAAAGUACUCGUCAUGUGCUCAAGCUAGUCGACUAUGGGAUGGUUCGAAGAUUCAAGAACGUGGAUGGAACACGUCGUAAACAGAGAUACAAACCUGGUUUUAGAGGGACACUGCGCUACUCGUCUGUGCGUGUCCACGAUGGAAAAGAACAGACCCCAGUUGAUGACUUUGUGUCAAUGGCCUACUCUGGGGCUGAGCUUCUCCUUGUCAACCUUCCCUGGAAACUGGUGAGCACUGAUGACAUCCGACAGACUAAAGUGGACUUUAAUACUCCAAACUCUCCAUACUUGCUGCUCACCGGACCCUAUUUCUCCGUGUUCUGUGGAGCGAUUUUCAAUUUGCGAUCGGAGGAUGAGCCCGAUCAUUCUUCAUUGCAAAAUUUGCUUUGUGACAUGACCAGAGGAAAAUCGUUGCGUGAGGCGUAUGACUGGGAUGAAAACUAUCGUGAUGCACUUGGAAGCUCGAAUACUGACAGCUCGUAAUUGAACUUUUGUGAUUUUGUAUGUUCCUUCCUUUGAACUCCAUUCUUUCCACUAGACAGUUGUCUCUCCACUUGAGUAUUACAAAUAAAUACAAUCAAAUGA